CAAAAACAACUCUCAACCCUUGAGCCUUCUGGAUCCAAACAACAUUUUUGGUUUUCCUUCUUUCUCUCUCUUCCUCUCACCCCCAAACCACCCUCUGUCUCAGGUGACGUCAUGUCGGCCACCGCCGCCACCACCCCCACCACUCCCACCGCCGCCACCGCCAUUGACCGCCGCACCUACUGGUGCCACGAGUGCGACAUGAGCGUCACCCUCUCCCCGUCCUCCUCCUCCUCCCCCACCCUCCUCUGUCCCCACUGCCACAGCGACUUCCUCGAAGAAAUGGACUCGCCCAACCCCAAUCCCAACCCCAACCCCAACCCCACCGCCCCCAACUUCUCCUUCCAUUCCGAAAACUUCCUCCUCGACAGCCCCUACCUCCACCGCCUCAUUCACCACCUCACCCAUCCCUCCGACACCAACAACGACGGAAAUGACAGCAGCGACCUCCCCCCUCCUCGCUACCUCAAUCCCAAUUCCGUCGCCGCCUCAAGGGCUUCCCUCGAAGCCCUCCCUACCUUCAAAAUCACUCCCUCCUUCCUCCAACUCGAUCCCAUUUUGUUCUGUGCCGUCUGCAAGGAUCAGUUCGUCGUCGACGUUGAAGCCAAGCGGCUUCCCUGCAACCAUAUCUACCAUUCUGAUUGUAUUCUCCCCUGGCUCUCGCAGCAGAAUUCGUGUCCGCUGUGUCGGUUUCGGCUCCCCACGGAUGAGGGUGAGGAUUCGGGGGAUGCGGGGGCGACCGUCACGAUGACCUUUGGGGAUUUGAUGGAGGACCAUGAGCUGUUUGGGCUGGGGAGUACUUUGAGGCACAUUGCCCGGAGGAAUAGGCUGGUCUUUCCGGCCUUGUCUGCGGAGGGGCAGGCGCAGGCACAGGCGCAGGCACAGGGUGAAAGUCUAGGGCCUGAUAACAGUGUGGAGACUGUUUCCAGCUGGCCUCGUCAGGUUUUGGUUGGCGGCGGUGGCGGCGGUGGUGGUGAUGCAGAUUUUGGGGCCGGUGCUGUGGCGAAUGAGGAUGCUGAUGCUAUGAUGCCUGAAGUUAGGGUAUCGGGUUCUGUUUCGGCUUCAUCUUGAGGUAAUGUAUAGCUGACUGUUACAUGGACUCUGAGGGGUAUUUUAUCACCAUACCUCGUCUAAUGAAGUGUAAAUCUACAGAGGAAGGCGGUCUAAUAACCCAAUGUUAUGUGUGAUCUGUAUUCUCUCUCUGUUGUUUUCUGCAGCAAUGGGGAAGGAACUCUUUGCUUUGUAAUAUUGCUCUUGUGAACUAGUUUCUAUCAUGUUUUUGGUUAAUAAAUUUCCAAGGUCAAGCUGCUUUCGCCCCC